UUCCGUUUGAUUGAAAAUGAGCAAAAACGUGGUAGGGAAUCCAGUAACAUCGUGGAAAGAGAUAAUUGCUGCGUUCAACGUCUAGCUUAUCUUAUUAUCACUGUUUGCAAUGGCCGUGGCAGGCUUAGAAAUACAGAGAAAGGCCAAUAGCUUAUUUAGUGCCUUUUUCAGCAAACAAGUAAUCUCUACAGAGGUUAUCAAAUAUCAAGAUGGAACGGACGAUAAUUCUGUGGCACUGAUUAUGUCGAUUCUUCGAGCAGAUGCUGAAAAAUUGAAAAUUCCUUUCAAGUUGUAUGCAACACAGUUUGUGAUACAGGGUGUCAAUGCUUUGAUUGGCAAGCAUUUCGAUCUUAAAGGCAAUUUCUUUUAUGCCAUUACAACAAAGCUUGCUGGUCAAGGAGAAAUCCACAGUCAGAAAAUCCAAGAUGUAGUUAACAACCAACCUGCCGUCACACCAUUUCAGGUGAUAGUGAAAUUGGAAAAAAUUGGAGUAGUUUCCAUAAUCCUUUACUUUCAAAGUUGUUCUGAGUGUUCUGAAAAGCUAUCAGCAUGGGUUGAUUCACUCUUUGCAUUGGCAUGCAGUCCACCAAACCCAGAGGAAUCAGAUCUAUUACAUUACCUAUUGACCAUCAUUAUCCACAUUGGGUUUGGUGACUUAUCUGCCGAUCUGCAAAGAAACAUCAGCGGCCAAACUAUUAAGAUUGCAGUGUCAUUGCUUAAUGAUUUAACAAGACGAAUGUGGGAUUUCUUGUGGGAGUUUCCCGGAAAAGAAAUUCAUGCUUUUGAUUUUCUGGUUGACUCUCAACAAGUUAUGUUCUGUCAACCCACAUCACUCCGAAGAUGCUAUCUUGAGCAACUGUCCUUCAUAAUAAGCUACAAACCAGAGAUAAAACCCAUAACAGCCAUCAAAUCGCAACAUGAAUGGACUUUUUUUAAAAGCCCCAAAAAUGUUGCCAAUUUAAUUACUCAGCUUUUGAUUCCUCUGGAAGUAGAAAACGUUCUCAAGAAAAUUGAUGAAAUUCUAAACCGAUACGAGAUCAAUUGGAAAAAUUUGCUACUCAUAAUUUCAGCCGUCCAAGUGUGUUACCCUACUGGAAAUCAACACUUGAAAACUCUCAUUAAUAGUUUGAUGCAACGAGCGUUGGAGAAUUUGCAGAUGGAAUUGCUUUUGGCCUCUUUUCUUCUUGCAAGGCAAAUUAAUGCAGAACACACUAGUAGCCCACAUUAUGGCACUUGGUUUUCGUCGAUAACAUCAUCGUCAACUACGCCUAAGCAAUUUGCCUUCUUGCUGAAAUUUUUGUCGAACAUUGUUCGGCACGAACCAUCAUGGAUUCUUUAUGCCCAUAGAAGUAACCCUCCUUUUAUUCCUAUGAUGGAAAACUGUCGGGUACUUUGGACAGAUUACGCGGCUUUAGUCCGGACCCGCUUGGAAGAUUUGAGAUUAAAACAGACAGAUCAAAUUAUUGAAGAAGAUGCUACUGUGGUUAAGGAAGUGGCAACCGCCAUAGCUGCAUUUGAAAAGAGUGGGCGAAUAUCUAACGCAGUCAUUGAGGCUGCCAUAUUUCGUAAACCGUAUUUUAUCAAUAAAUUCCUACCCAUACUACUCAAACCGAGACGAGUACCAAACCCACCGGAUGCACUAGAGGAGCUCGUGGAAGAGUUGAAGAAAUCAGGCAAAUUACCUGGACCUCAUUACGAAGCCUACCGUGCUGCUUGUCAACAAUUACAAAAAGAAAUACCAGAAAAUGAACCCAUGGAUUGGCAGAUGUCUGACGAGAAACCGAAUUAUGAGAUUCUCAUGAAUCACGUUAUUCGUUGCAAAGAUGAACGUCAGCAGUCCCUACUUAUUGAACAGUUAGACGGUAUCCUAGGAUCACUUCUUUCCCACACAGAUUCCAGCACAACCGUAAUCGACUUCAAUCCUAAUGCUGAUGAAGUCGCAACAAGAAAUGGAGUGGCUUACAAGAUUGCGAAGCAUUGGAUACAGUCUAUCCAAACGUCAUGCUUUGCACCCAGUGAACCUGAUUGGAUGAAUCGAUACUUCCUGCUCUUUUGCCGGUACCCUAAAUUUGUCGAAUCACUUUAUCUUCAUACGAGGGAAUUUAUUCACAAUUGUACUGAAGAUAACGACAUGGCCCGUUGCUAUGGCAUCGUUAUCCUUCUACUUUGUCGCAAUAGUCAUAUUGUCCUACCUGUUCAUUACCGAUCCUUUAAUGGAACUUUUGUCGAACUACUGAUGAGAGAGGAUCAACUAAUUUUGGAUAGAAAAGAAUCUAUAGGUUUUUAUUUACGAUUACUCUACUACACCGUGAUGGCGGCAAAACUUCGGAAAGAACUGGCGAACGUACGCGUGGCGUCUUCGCUGUACAUUUGGCUCUGUCGCAGAAUAAUGCACAGCUCAAAGAUUAGUGAAUUUCAAAAGUUUUUGGGAUUGAGCAAAGACAUGGAACUUCUUAAAGAAGCAGAAUUACCUGCAAGAACGUGGCUUCGGCUCGAGAUGGCUGUGGUAGCGGACAAAGACGUAUUGUCGUGGUCCGAGCGAUCUGGAUAUUUACACUUUGUUUUAAAAACAGAAUACCAAGAUGUUCCUGCGACGGAAUUAUCCCUUCUUAUUCUCGAUGCCAUAAUGAAGAGCAUACUUCACAACCCGGUUGCCCAUGCUGACUGCGCAAAAGAUCUUCUUCUUUUGCUACAAUAUCUCUUGUUUAAUGAGCAACCUUCUUCUGAAUCACCUGCCUGGCUCAUCGACUAUUGGUUACAACUUCGCCAUGAGCAAGGAAAGGACGUCGAUCAGCUUAUGUGGAGUAUUGUUUGUACUCUGCCACCUUAUCUCCUCAGCAGAAGCAGUUUACAUCAGCCCAUCCAAGAUACGUCUUUGAAAGCACUUGCCAGUUUGAUUGAAAACGAAUGGCGAAACACUGUGACCUCUGGAUCAGCUUGGUUGCCAAAAUAUAUAGCAAGUCAUCUGCUUCGCGCACUGGAAGGCGCUUUCGCCGACAUACCAUGUCUUCGUUUUUCGACCCAGGUUCAUCGCAUUCAUGAUAACAAAUUUGUCACGGAUGCAUGGGCAUCUCUGGAUAAGGCAUUGGAUGUUUUUCAUCCUUUAACGUACGACUUGGACAAUGACGAAACCAUUAACUGGAGUGGCGUAGCGGAAGUGGACUUUCUCGCUAGCCAGAUGAUGACACUGGUUGCUGUUAGCUGGUGCACAAAAGGAGAUACUGACAAAUGGCCUGGGUUCAUCGAACGGAUUUGUCCGAAAAUAUCUUCGAAUCCGGGUUUGCUGAAUGCUUGGAAAAUGCCAUAUUGGACAGGAGAGGACAGCAAGUUACCAUGGAUGCAAAUCCUCCCAACAUGCAUGCUAAACUUGCUACCAUUCGUAAUACUACGAGUUCUCAUCUCCUGGUCAGACAUAUUACUCCCUACCACACCUGAUUAUCUGGAUGCUUUGGUAACAGCUCAUAAUCAGUGGACACAAGUUACUCACUCAUUUAUUGAUGCAGUUAUGGGCCAUGAAAAUCAAUCAAAUUAUCCCGUUGGGCAAAUUCUUGAUUUUCGUACCCUUGGUAGGAUGGCUUCUGAUGUUGAACAGAUUUUGGUUCGUGCUCCAAUACGUUCACUCAAAUUAUUGCAGCAGUAUUCAUGUUUUCGUGCCAUGGAGGCUGACUAUCAGGUACUCGUUAGGAAACGAUGUUCUUGAUUUGGCUUAUAAACUUAUGUCACCA